UUUUCAGAUAUUGAUCGAGCCUGAUAGAAGUCGUGUAUAUGAAGCGAUUCACAAUAAUUGUAAGAGUUCAAACAGAAAUUAAUUAUUCUUUUCUGUUUUACAACUAAGAUCAAUAAAUACAGAUUUUUGAAAGAAAUAAAUUCCAAUAAUUGUUUUUAUUUACUCUGAUUUUGAUUCUACUGGUAACACACAAGUUACACUUCAACUAAACCUUAUUAUUCUACUAACUCUUAUAAAUUGAUAAGAUUGGUUCCACCAUAAUGCGAAGCACGGGUGCCCUGCUAGUACGUGUAUAAAGACGUGGAGGCAGACCUUCAAUCCUUGGGUGUAAGAAGAUGGAGACAUCGAGCACAGGACAGAGAUUCAUGGAAAAGGCUUGUGGAGGAAGCCAAUGCUCUUCAAGGGUCAUAGAGUCAAUGAGUAGUAGUAAUUGGAAUGAGGUUAUCAAUGUUGAUCAUGACAGUCUCAAUGCAAUUACAUGGAUAUGUAAGCAUGCCCUCGCAUGCUAACAUCACAAAACGACAGACUGACUGCGAGUCCAGCCUGGAAUGUGCUUCACAGGAGGAAUGGUGUGUGCACGGCAAAUGCGAGAACCCAUGUGCGAGCCCCAUGGACUGUCAGUCGUGGUCACAAGGUGGCGGAUACUGUGUGGCACUGUCUGCAACCGGUUUCUGCCGGUUUUUUACUGUUGAAUUGGACGAAAUCUACUCAGCUGAAGGAACUCCCAAGAUGAAAACCGGCUUGAAGGAAGAAGGUUCCUAUUGCUCAUGGACAGAUGAUUGUGCACCUCACCUGUAUUGCCAUACUAAUCACAAGUGCAUUGAUCCCUGUGAACAUCUUGUUAUGUGCACUUCUGAUGGAUCAGACGAUAACCCAGGGUUUGUGGUUCCCAAACUCAAUAGCGAGUAUCAACCCAGUGAGAAGUAUCGCUGUGUAGUCGAGAAUUAUGAUGUAGGUUGUCACUAAUAAUAAUUAGUGGUUUAAUGAAAAUGUACCUGCUACAAACUCUUGUGAAUGUUGUCUAUCAAUUCAUGAGUCAAUCAUCAAGCAAAUAGCUUCCAUGAAUAUGAACAGUGAAUAGUUAAUAGAAUGAAAAAUAUACUUGUUUUUCC